UCCCCCUUCCCCAUGCGCCUCCACCUCGUUUCCUCUUUUCUCUCCGCCGGUUUCCUUUUGUUUUCCUCGGUGGCGAUGAGCGCAGAGUUGGAGCGGCGGCUUGAGCGGGAGGGGGGCCAACGCUGCUAGCCUGCUGGCGAGGCGCUCAGCGGACGCCGCCUCCACGUCGCCCGAGGAGGAGAGUCCCGGUGCCGCGGUCAGAGAGCCGGAGCCGGAGGCGGAGCGGGAGCGGGAGCCACAACUUGGGGGACCUGCUGCCUCUUCGUUAGGAUCCGGGGCAUGGUCUAGCGGUUUGGCCUUAAAAGUUGGAAUCUGGGAGCCUGGAAAUUUUCACCUCAAUUCUGAUUCUGAAUUCUGCUGGCCUUGGGUUUUAAGUUCCCUGGGACGACAGAAUGGGGAAGCAAAAUAGCAAACUCCGUCCUGAGGUGCUCCAGGAUCUCCGGGAGAACACUGAAUUCACUGACCAUGAGCUGCAAGAAUGGUACAAAGGGUUUCUAAAGGACUGUCCUACUGGCCACUUGACUGUCGAUGAGUUCAAAAAGAUAUACGCCAACUUCUUCCCCUAUGGCGACGCCUCGAAGUUUGCAGAACAUGUCUUCCGCACCUUCGACACAAAUGGUGAUGGGACGAUUGAUUUCAGGGAAUUUAUCAUUGCCCUGAGUGUCACCUCUCGGGGGAAGCUGGAACAGAAACUGAAGUGGGCAUUUAGCAUGUAUGACCUUGAUGGUAAUGGCUAUAUAAGCCGUGGGGAGAUGCUCGAAAUUGUACAGGCCAUAUACAAAAUGGUAUCCUCAGUAAUGAAAAUGCCUGAAGAUGAGUCCACUCCCGAGAAGCGAACAGACAAAAUAUUCCGGCAGAUGGACACGAACAAUGAUGGCAAGCUGUCACUGGAAGAAUUCAUUAAAGGUGCCAAGAGUGAUCCUUCCAUUGUCCGGUUGUUACAGUGCGACCCAAGCAGCGCAAGUCAGUUCUAAUUCCACCCACACUUGGACAGUUGCAAAAAGCCACUGGCUUGUCAUUCCAGCUUUGCUUACAGAAAUGGAUGCCUUCUCAAACCAUUCCUCUGCUGUUCUCGGAUAAGGUUCCUUGGUCCGGUGGUCUCCCUCCAUGCAGCAGCAUGGCCAGCCACAGCUCCCCCCAUCAUCCACGCCAAGACCAAAGUCUUUUGGUCAUCCAAAAUUAUUUUCAGUGUUCCUUCUGUCAUCCUGAUUCCUUUUACAGAGCCCUGAUAUCACUUAGAGAUAUGUUUCAUGCAGACAGCAAUAGGGGCUUAGGUCCUUGGGGUGAGCGACAUCUCCUUUCACUUGGAGAAUCUGUAUGAAUAUGUUCUAAUAACCAUGAGAAGAGCUGAGAUAGGACUUUAUAAAAUAGAGCCAACGUUAGCUAAUUUAUUUUGCUUUGAAAAUGACUGUUUGAAUAGUUGGGAGCUAAAAGCAGACAGAAUGAACCCUUUCCUGUGCAUGAUUUUAUUCUUUUUCUUUUUGUUGAGAAAAAAUGGCUUGUACUUAUCCGAUGAUGGUCUUUGCUUUCUUUUAAUAUAUAAAUUAUAUAUAAUAUAUAUAUAUAUAUAUGGUGAAGUACAGUUUCAUGGUAAGGUCACCUACUUAAUGCAUCUGAUAGCUUUUCCAGCUUUUUCCUCCCUUAGUGGCCUGUGAUUAACCUAAUGCUGGUUGUUUUGUGGUAUUUAUGCAUCUACAACUUGCCGUCUUUCAAAAGAAAUGCAUGUUUAGCCAUUAAUGUGGCUAUUCCACUGUCCACUAUCUGAAUGCACAUAUUUGUUCAAGGUUCAUUUUUACUGUUGGUUGGUCCAGAGUGUCCUCCAUUAAAAUCAUGAAAUAAAAGGAAUGAUCUGAA